CGGGGCCAUGAGCGCGUAGGGCCGCCGGGGCCGCGCUCACCGCCAGCAUGUUCGGCCGCUCCCGCAGCUGGGUGGGCGGCGGGCACGGCAAGGCCGCCCGCAGCAUCCACUCCUUGGACCACCUCAAGUACAUGUAUCAUAUUUUGACUAAAAACACAACAGUAACAGAUCACAACCGAAACCUGCUGGUGGAGACAAUUCGAUCCAUAACCGAGAUCCUCAUCUGGGGGGACCAGAAUGACAGCUCAGUGUUUGACUUUUUCUUGGAGAAGAAUAUGUUUGUUUUCUUCUUGAACAUCUUGCGCCAGAAGUCUGGUCGUUAUGUGUGUGUGCAGCUGCUGCAGACUCUCAACAUCCUUUUUGAGAACAUCAGUCAUGAAACAUCACUGUAUUACCUGCUCUCUAAUAACUAUGUAAAUUCUAUUAUUGUUCACAAAUUUGACUUUUCUGAUGAGGAGAUCAUGGCAUAUUACAUAUCGUUUUUGAAAACUCUUUCCCUGAAGCUCAACAAUCAUACUGUACAUUUCUUUUAUAACGAGCACACUAAUGACUUCGCUUUGUACACUGAAGCUAUUAAAUUUUUUAACCACCCCGAAAGCAUGGUCAGGAUUGCUGUUAGGACUAUAACUUUAAAUGUCUACAAAGUGUCAUUGGACAACCAGCCUAUGCUGCAUUACAUUCGAGAUAAAACUGCAGUUCCUUAUUUCUCCAACCUCGUCUGGUUUAUUGGCAGCCACGUGAUAGAACUGGAUAACUGUGUGCAGACUGAUGAAGAGCACAGAAAUAGGGGCAAACUGAGUGACCUCGUAGCAGAACAUCUUGAUCAUCUGCAUUACCUUAAUGAUAUCCUCAUCAUUAAUUGUGAAUUUUUAAACGAUGUGCUGACAGACCACCUGCUUAAUAGACUCUUUCUUCCCCUCUACGUGUAUUCAUUAGUAAAUCAAGAUAAGGGUGGAGAGCGUCCAAAAAUAAGUCUGCAAGUUUCUCUCUAUCUUCUGUCUCAAGUUUUUCUAAUUAUACAUUAUGCUCCUUUGGUGAACUCCUUGGCUGAGGUUAUACUCAAUGGUGACCUCUCAGUGUUUUCUUCUAAGGUUGAGCAAGAUAUACAGAAAAACUCAGCAAAGUCCAGUAUCAGAUGUUUCAUCAAACCAACAGAAACACUUGAGAGGUCUCUUGAAAUUAAUAAACAGAAGGGGAAGAAGAGGAUGCAAAAACGACCCAACUAUAAAAAUGUUGGUGAAGAGGAUGAAGAGGAGAGAGGAUCUGAAGAUAACCAAGAUGACCUUGAUAAAACUAAAGGUACAGAAGCAAGUUCAAAAGGCAUAAGAACAAGCAGUGAAAAUGAAGAAAUAGAGAUGGUAAUCAUGGAGAGGUGUAAGCUGUCAGAGCUGUCCAUCUCUACUGUGACAGAACAGAAUACAACAGAUGAAGAAAAGAGUGCAGCUGCUUCUGGGAGUGAGAUAACAAACUGGAACAGACCUUUUCUUGAUAUGGUCUAUAAUGCACUGGACUGUCCUGAAGAUGAUUACUAUGCCCUCUUUGUGCUCUGUCUUUUAUAUGCAAUGUCACACAACAAAGGAAUUGACCCAGUCAAGCUGGAGAGAAUUCAGCUUCCAGCUCAACAUGCUGAAGAGAGAAACUCGUAUAAUCAUGUACUUGCAGAAAGGCUCAUCAGGAUAAUGAAUUAUGCUGCACAACCAGAUGGAAAAAUCCGUUUGGCAACUUUAGAACUUGGGUGCCUGUUGCUGAAGCAGCUCGUGUUUUCUAAAAAUGGCAGCAUCAUAAAAGAUGUUCACCUUGCUUGUCUUGAGGGUGCCAGGGAAGAAAGUGUUCAUCUCCUGCGUCGUUUCUACAAGGGAGAAGAAAUUUUUCUGGAUAUGUUUGAAGACGAAUACCGGAGUAUGACAAUUAAACCCAUGAAUGUAGAAUACUUGAUGAUGGAUGCUUCAAUCUUACUGCCUCCAACGGGGACACCACUGACUGGUAUUGAUUUUGUGAAAAGAUUGCCUUGUGGAGAUGUGGAAAGAACACGAAGAGCAAUCAGAGUUUUCUUUAUGCUCCGUUCGCUGUCACUGCACUUGCGAGAUGAGCCAGAAACUCAGUUACCACUCACGAGGGAGGGAGAUCUGAUAAAGACUGAUGAUGUUCUUGAUUUGAAUAACAGUGAUCUGAUUGCUUGUACAGUGAUAACAAAGGAUGGGGGUCAAGUUCAAAGAUUUCUGGCUGUGGAUAUUUACCAGAUGAGUUUGGUUGAACCAGAUAUUGCCAGACUUGGAUGGGGAGUAGUAAAGUUUGCAGGCCUUUUGCAGGACAUGCAGGUGACGGGAGUAGAGGAUGACAGCAGAGCUCUGAACAUAAUCAUCCACAAGCCUGCCUCAAGCCCUCAUUCCAAGCCCUUCCCCAUCCUUCAGGCCACGUUCAUUUUCUCGGAUCACAUCCGCUGCAUCAUCGCGAAGCAGCGCCUGGCAAAGGGCCGCAUCCAGGCCCGGCGCAUGAAAAUGCAGAGGAUAGCAGCUCUCCUGGAUCUUCCUGUUCAGCCUUCAACUGAAGUUAUGGGUUUUGGACACAGCUCUGGAGCUACAGCCCAGCACCUCCCCUUUAGAUUCUACGACCAGUCCCGCCGUGGGAGCAGCGACCCCACAGUGCAGCGCUCUGUCUUUGCAUCUGUUGACAAAGUCCCAGGCUUUGCUGUAGCCCAGUGUAUAAAUCAGCACCAUCCCUCCCCACUCUCAUCCCCAUCACCUUCCAGUGGCAGUGGGAGCACAGGGCGCUGUGAUUCGGUGACUGCGAGCUCGACAUCCACUCCUUCUGCUGCACAGAGCCCCUCAGGUCUGGCAGGAAAGGACGCCGGCGGGUGUUUAGUCUGUCGGAGGCUGACAGUCACGGCGGACACUGGGUUUAGGUCUUCGAGCAGCAGCUGCAGCAGAAACUCCCGCAAUACCCACUCAGAUGACCCUUCAGCUCCAGAGCAUCCUCAGGCGGCCAUUUCCGGUCAGACAAUGUUGACUGAUGAAACUCCUUCAGCUGUCUCAAAGUCCAGCAAAAACACUGGGAAAACCAGUGACAUAGAAACAGCAAACCUGUCUCCCAGCCUGAUUCCUGCCCAGCAGCCCACAAUAUCCCUAAUUACAGAUGACAACACGGAUACACUGAGCGUGGAGUCGCUGACCCUGGUGCCUCCGGUGGAUCCCCGCAGCAUCCGGACAUUCCCCUGCAUUCCUCAGCCUUCUUUGCAGUCUGAAGAUGAAGUUUGCAAGGUAAAGGAGGUUGAGGAAGAAUGUUCUGACUAAAGCCAACGUCAAACUGUAAUAAACAGUGAAGAAAACGCAACCAAAUUCUGAACUGUUUUUUCUCUGGGAGUGCAGAUACUUCUUGAGGCCUGAGAGGCCGUGGGGUCCACAAGGGGCCCACUGGUGAGUGACAAUGUCAGCAGCUUUUAGAGGAAACAUUGGAUACUCAGCAUAUCUAAACUGGAGAAGAGGAAAAAAACCAAACUUCUGAAUCUGGACUGGUUCUUUCCUACCAGUUUCUGUUAUACAAGAACAUGAAAGCGUUUCAGAGGACCUACUGUCUUUCUAACAGGAACUAAUUAAUUGUAAAAGGUCUACAGUAUUAUGGGGAAGAGAAGAAAUUUUUGGAUACCCAGCUUCAUGAUGCUAUAUUAUUACGUCUCUCAAACUGGAGACAUACCAUUGACCAGAAAAAAUGAUAUAUUGUAGUACAGAGGCAAAAUUUCCAUUUGAGUUAGGGUGUGUUUUUCAGUUUGGUGUUUGGUUUGGGGUUUUUGGGGGGAGGAGGGGAUUGGGGAUUUUUUUGGUUGGUUUUUGGUUGGUUGGUUUUGUUUUUUAAUCCUGAUCUUGUUCAUCUUUUGGAGGUCUGCAUGAUACCAGCAGGCUUAACCACUUUCAAUGUUGUCUUCAUAGGACUCCAGACUUCAGUACUGUUUUUUCCAUCUGAAAUAUUUAUUUCAAGGUUUGAUUCAAAGCAAGAUACAAUUUUCUAGAAGUUAAAAGUCUGAAGUUAAUGACAAAUGCUUAUUCAAAUUAACCUAAGGGAUUUUUGAGACUACUUUAGUCUUUGCUUAACCAUCUACAGAGGAAUGUGAAACAUUUUAAGAUACUGCUAUAGCUUGUUUGCUUUUGACAGUCAGAUUGCUACACCUCUGAGGAAUGGUGGUAUCCUUGCUACUGAAAGACAAUUUCAAGAAGCAGGCAGAAGCAGUUUUACUCCAAAGAGGGUUUUCAAAUUUUUCAUAGUCAUAUAGGAAGAAGGUCACCAUAUCUAACUGUGAAUUCCUUUGCAAGUCUGAAACAAAAAAAGAAAGGGUUUGUGUAAUUUUUUUUCUAUCUGGGAUGGUAUCCCAGUUAAACAACAUUGCUACAUAACAGUGAUUCUGAGUUUGUCCUUGGCAUGCUUUGCUUCCUAGAUCCUGACACCAAGUUGACAGAAAGCAGUGGAAAAGUAUUGAUUAAAGUCUGGAAUGUUCUCUGCUGAUUUGAUACGUAAUUUAACAUGAAUGGAAUUUAAGAUUUUUCAUCAAUUUCCAAGUAUGUUAAUUUAAAUUAAUGUAAAAUGAGCAGAUUGUCAUUGUGGGUCUGUUCAUACUCAAGUGCUUUCUGGCUCUCAAAGAAGGAAGUCUGCUGUUUACUGCUAUUGAUUUCAGUCAUCAGUGCAAUCUUUUUCCUCAUUCUGUCUCCACUACUAUUGAUUUCUUAUCAAAGGGGUAAAUCUGAAAAAUUUUUACCUACUUCCCAGUCAUUUACUGUACCUCUUCCUGGCUGUCAUAUGGAAUACUUGGAGUGAUUUUCAAUGUUAUAUUUAUAUAUGAGAUUGACUAAUCCACAAGUAUAACUUUUCCUUCACAUAAUAACUUAACCUUUCCCAACCAUGUAUACAAGGUGUCUGCUACUGAAUGCCAGUAAUUUUUCUUCUCCCCUUAACUUUUGCAUGCAGUUUUGUUGAUUUCUAUUUUCCUCUGACUUCUGCUUCAUCUCAAGUUGAAUUAACUGAUAAUUCUGACCAUUCCAGAGUGGCUCCAACUCUAAAUGAAUUCUGAGAGUUGGGUGUCCUCAGCACAGCUGUGCAUAUUGGAUGAGAAUUUGGCAUGGCUGGAGUAAGGGCUUACUUUUUGGGGUUGUUUGUCACAUGCUUAGGGUGAGUUUGCACUCAUGCAGUCACUGUUGUGGGUAGUGAGCAUGUACUUGAACAAGUCUAGACAUCAGCAAUUUGGGCACAAGGACCACAUAAAUUAUUAGCUGAACUGAUUGCAAUCUAGACUUCCUCUAGGAUUUUGCAGCAUUGCACUGUAGCUCCAGUAAUAUUCUGAAGAUCAUUAUAAAAAAAUACCUUAAUUUGAAAGCAUUUUAUUUAGACUCUUGACCUAGAUUACAUAAAAUGCCACUGUGCAGAAUGAGUUCCCUUAAAUAGAAUUGCUUUUAGACAGGAAAACCUUGAUCUUUAUUUAUCUCCUUUCAAAUUCAGUUCUAGGAAGAUCAGAGCCAUGCACUAGGAGUCUCUUUGAUGGGUGUUCAUAGUCUCACCCUUGAGCCACACAGCACAAGAAAUGGGACAAAGGGAUAGAAAGCUGACUUUGUGCUUUCAUUGCCUUUGAGUGACUCUUAAAUCUCAUGACCAGUUGUCUACUGAGAACUUCAGAGGAAAUGAUUGAGGUGGAUACUGUUAUUAGGAAAAUAGAAGCCUAGGUCUACUGUCUUAGUCUGCUGCUGGCAGAGCCUUGCUGGUUGAGGGAUAGGUGGGAUAUCUUCUAGCAGUUCUAUCAAAAGCUCUCUGCAGAGAUGGAAUUACACCAGGAAAGCUCUGGCUGCACCAGCUUUACUGCUGUUGGGGUGUUACACUUCAGCUGGGUCUGGAUGGUUCUGCCACAGAAGCAAUUGAUUUUUGACUUUGCUUCUGAUAUUAAGGCAUGUGUGUAUACAAUUUUCUGUGCUCUGUGCUGCAUUAGGAGACUUCAGAAGUAGAAACUCUGGAGAUGCCAAAAUAAUCUACCACCAGCCAUUUUUAAGCUCUGCAAGUAUAAUACUUAUCUACAGUUCCUUGAAGAGUAUCAUAUCUAUCACUCAUCAGAAUCUGUUUCCUUAGGCUGUUUCCUUGCCCUCCUUUCACUGUAAAAAGGAAACUCAACCAGGAAGGCAUUAGCACAUCAGCCACAAUUGUAAUUUUUUUUCUUAAAAAAAAAAAAGUUCAUUUGAGUUCACUUUCUGACCAAACCCAAAUACCAAACUCCAGGUGAGAGCAGCAGCUAAACAAGUAGUCAUUCAACAGCUCCAUUCUUUCAGUGCAAUACUGCAGAGGGAGAUAGAAUCACUCUAAAUAUAACAAUAUUCCAGAGCAAAAUACCAAAAUUCUGGAGGUAUGCUAAAUUCUCAAUGUAUGUUUGUAGGGGCUAUGCCUCUACAGCCAUAUUCUGUCAACAUAACACAAUUCUGUUGAAAAUUCCUUCCUUUUGAGAAGCCAAAAAAGCCAGGACAUAAUGACUGUUACUUUGCUAUUUUAUGGUCUGUGUGUCUUAUUUUAUUAAAUUUUACCAAGCUAUUACUUUUUUAACAGAACCAUGUGUUGCCUCCACUACUUCUCGCUGGUGCCCUUUGCUUUUUUGUCACCCAGUGUACAGCAGUGACCCAGACUUGAGCUUUGCAUUUGUGAAGGGAGUAGUGGCAGCAGACACUUGGUAAUUUGGUGAGGAAAGGGAGGGAGGAAGCACCAGUUCUGGUAUCUGCUUCACCAUGGAAGUAAUGCUUGCAGUGUGAAGCUUGGAUGUGGAAAAUAAUUGUUUCACUGAAAUUCUUUGAUAUAGAACAAAACCAAAGGUUAAGCUUCCUGCACUUCAUUUCACAAGCUGUGUGUAUUAAACCAAAUUCAUUAGAAAUGUGGUCACAUAUAUUAUUUUGUCUGUGAAGUCAUAAAUUAUGUGCACUGUAAGAGCUGAGCUCAUUUGUAUUCUCCACUGCUAAUCAUGAUAAACUAAAUUCUGACUACACUUCCUUAAAUCAAGCUGAGCU